AUGCCGAAAGCAACCUCAAAAGAUGCAGAGUCGUGGAUAAAAGCGAAACUGGUUGACUUGGAGAGUCAAUACCGAAUAACACCAUCGAGACAAAAGUCACUUCUCACUCCCGAGUAUUUAUCCGCUUUAAAAGAAUCAAAGGACAAGUCCGAUUUGGUCAUUUUAAACCCUGAUCUUUAUCAGGAUUCUGGGACUGUCCUGAUGGACCGUGCAGAUUACCAACGACAGAUGGAAUGUAUCCUCAAUGACCCCAGCAAGUUCUUACGAGAAAAAGCAUACGAUGACCCCAAAGCGCUGGAACGGAAAAUUGCUUCAGAAGUUCAGUUUCUAUUAGAAGGACAGUUCAUCGAUUCGAACACCGCGCGGGGCCUGAAGCCGAGAGGAGCCCAGGUUCCCCAACUUUAUGGCCUGCCGAAACUCCACAAGCCAAGUGUGCCACUCAGACUAAUUCUAUCCAUGACGAACUCACCACAUUACAAAAUGGUGAAAUGGCUGGUUAAGGUGUUAGAACCAGUUCAUAGAUCGAUGGUCAAGCAAACAGUCAAGGGCAGUUUUGAAUUGGUGGAUAUUUUGAACAAGAUCAACAUAGAAGGAAAACACAUGGCUUCCUUCGAUGCUCAAUUUCUGUUCACCAAUGUAUCAGUUCGUGAAGUCAUACAAAUCAUCUGCGAUCAUGUAGAGAAAGAAGAUAUUCCACUGUGUCUACCGGUGUCCGUCCUUGAGCGUCUACUACUGCUCUGCACAACCGACGUGUCUUUCUCUUCUCAAGGAAAUACGUACAGGCAAAUCGAUGGUGUCGCUAUGGGCAGCCCGCUAGGCCCAGUCCUGGCAGACUUGUUCAUGGCACAUUUGGAAGGAAAAGGAACUAAUAUUCUGGGGCGCGCUAUCCUGUACAAAAGAUAA